AUGUCGACGAAGACCAAAGGAUUACUCCAACGCUUACAUGAUGGAGAAUUCAUCAUUUGUGCUGAAGGUUAUAGUUUUUAUUUUGAAAGAGAAGGAUAUCUUCAGUUAGGACCUGGUGUUCCAAUGAUUGUGAAAGAGCAUCCCGAACUGGUGAAGAACAGCUACAGAACUUUUGUUCGUGCCGGAAGUGACGUAGUUUUAGCGUUUACGUACUAUGGGCAUCGUGCAAAACUAGCUGUUAUUGGCAAGGAAGAUCUGGUAGAAGAAAUUAAUAAAUCAGCUCUACGCAUGGCACGUGAAGUUGCCGACGAAACAGGAACCCUGAUGGCGGGAAAUCUCUGCAAUACUAACAUAUAUAAUGCAGAUGACGCUGAAAGGAUUGAACAGAUAAAGGAAAUGUUUAGGGAACAAGUGGAAUGGGCUGUGGAAGCAGGUGCUGAUUUCAUUUUGGCUGAAACAUACACCUACUAUGGUGAAGCUUUAUUGGCUUUAGAAACGAUCAAACAAUACGGAAAAGGACUACCUGCAGUACUGACUCUUGCACCGUUUGUGGUUCCCACCAAAAAUGGACACGCGGUUACAGCUGAUAAAGUACUCUUGAGUGAUGCAUGUGCGAAGUUGAAAAGUGCUGGAGCUUCGGUGGUUGGUCUAAACUGUGGACGUGGACCUGACAGUAUCAUACCAUUAAUGAAAGAAAUAAAAGAUGCUUGUCUGUUAGGUCCAUUGGCUGCCAUUCCAGUACCAUACAGGACAACAAAAGAAGAACCAACUUUCUUCAUGCUCAAGGACCCAAUGACCGAUAAACCAGUAUUCUAUAGUCACGACACUGACAUAUUUUACUGCUCUCGAGAAGACAUCAAACGGUUUGGAUCCACAUGCAAGGAAAUGGGUAUUCAGUUUGUUGGUGUUUGUUGUGGAAAUCGGCCAUUCUACACGUGUGCUUUGGCAGAAUCUCUUGGAAGGUCGCCAGAAGCCAGUCUCUACACGCCUGAUAUGUCCAGGCAUUAUGUGUAUGGUGUAAACCCAAAGGUGAAAAAAAGACGUGGCUGA